AUGCUACCUUUUCUUUUUCUUGCGUUCUUUCAGUCAUCGUCAUUCAGCACUAAAUACUACCUUUUCUUUUUCUUGCGUUCUUUCCAGUCAUCUAAAAUCUUUUCAGCGCUAAAUACUACCUUUUCUUUUUUCUUUUUUCUUGGUCAUCUCAUUUCAGCGCUAAAUACUACCUUUUUCUUUUUUUUUUUUUUUGCAUUCUUUCAUCAUCUAAAAAUCUUCUCGGUGCUAAAUACUACUUUUUCUUUUUUGCGUUCUUUCAGUCACCUAAGUCUUUUCAGUGCUAAAUACUACCUUUUCUUUCUUUUUCAUUCUUUCAUCAUCGUCUUUUUCAUUUUAAAUACCUUUUCGUUUUGCAUUCUCAGUCAUCUAAAAAUCAUUUUCAGCGCUAAAUACUACCUUUCUUUUUUUGAUUUUUGCAUUAAAUGCUUUUUACUAAAUUUUCUUUUUCUUUUUUUUUUCUCUUCUUUCUUUACUACCUUUUCUUUUGCAUUCUUUCAUCACCUUUUUUUCAGUGCUAAAUACCUUUUCUUUCUUUUUCAUUCUUUUCAUUUACUUUUCAGUGCUAAAUACUUUUUUUUGCAUUCUUUCUUUCUUUUAACCUUCCUUUUUUUUGCUAAAUUCUGUUUUUCAUUUUUUUUUUUUUCUUUUCUUUCAUUUUUCUUUUCUUUCAGUCAUCAUAUUUCAGCAUCAUCUUUUUUUUUUUUAACCUUUCCUUUUUUUUUUUCUCAUUCUUUUCUUUCUUUCUUUUCUUUUUUUUUGCGUUCUUUCAGCCUUUUGCAGUAUCUCUUUUCUGUUUUCUUUUCUUUCUUUCUUUUUCUUUUGGAUUCUUUCUUUCAGUGCCAAAUACUCAUUUCUUUUCUUUUUACAUUCUUUCAGUCAUCUAAAAUCUUUUCAAGUGCUAAAUACCUACCUUUUCUUUUUUACGUUUUUUUCAUCAUUCGUCUUUUCAGUGCUAAAUACUUUUUCUUUCUUUUGCAUUCUUUCAGUCAUCUAAAAUCUUUUCAGCAUAAAUACUACCUUUUCUUUUUUUUGCAUUCUUUUUGUCAUCUAAAAACUUUUCAGCCGCUAAAUACUAACUUUUUUUUUUUUGCAUUCUUUCAGUCAUUCUUUUCAGCAUUUUAUUACCUUUUCUUUUUUUUUGCAUUCUUUCAGUCAUCUAAAAUUUUCAGCAUCUAUCUUUUUUUUUUUUUGCAUUCUUUCAGUCAUUUAAAAUCUUUCAGCGCUUCUUUUUUUCUUUUUUUGCAUUCUUUCAGUCAUCUAAAAUCUUUUCACGCUUCAUACUACCCUUUUCUUUCUUUUUUUUGCAUUCUUUCAACAUCUAAAAUCUUUUCAGCGCUAAAUACUACCUUUUUUUUUUGCAUUUCUCCAUCAUCUAAAAUAUUUUCAGCGCUAAACCACCUUUUUCUUUUCUUGCGUUCUUUCCUAGCCGAUCGAAAAUCUUCUCCCAGUGCUAAAUACUACUUUUUCUUUUUUUGCGUUCUUCAGUCACCAAAAUAUUUUCAGUGCAAAUACUACCUUUUCUUUUUUUUCAUUCUUCAUGCAAAUACUACCUUUUUCUUUUUUUUGUAUUCUUUCAGUCAUCUAAAAUCUUUUUUCAGCGCGCUAAAUACUACUUUUCUUUUUUUUUUUGCAUUCUUUCAGUCAUUUAAAAUCUUUUUUUCAGUGCUAAAUACUACCUUUUCUUUCUUUUUUUUGCAUACUUUCAGUCAUCUAAAAUCUUUUUUUUUCAGCGCUAAAUACUACCUUUUCUUUUUGCAUUCUUUCAGUCAUCUAAAAUCAUUUCAGCUUAAAUACUACCUUUACUUUUUUUUUUUUGCAUUCUUUCAGUCAUCUAAAAUCUUUUUCAGCGCUAAAUACUAUCUUUUCUUUUUUUGCAUUCUUUCCGGUCAUCUAAAAUCUUUUCAAAGUCAUCUAAAAUCUUUUCAGCAGCCAAAUAUUACCUUUUCUUUUUUUGAAUUGUUUCAGUCAUCUAAAAUCUUUUCAGCGCUUCAUACUACCUUUUCUUUUUUGCAUUCUUUCCGUCAUCUAAAAUCUUUUUCAGUGCACAAUACUACCUUUUCUUUUUUUUUUGCAUUCUUUCAGUCAUCUAAAAUCUUUUCAGCGCUAAAUACUAUCUUUUCUUUUUUGCAUUCUUUCAGUCAUCUAAAAAUCUUUUCUUUUUUCAUACUUCCUUUUCUUUUUUUUUUCUUUCAGUCAUCUCUCAGUCUUUCAGCGCUAACUACCUUUUCUUUCUUUUUUUUUUUCUUUCAUCAUCUAAAAUCUUUCAGCAUAUCUACCUUUUCUUUUUCUUGCGUUCUUUCAGUCAUCAAUCGUUUCAGCGCUAAAUACUUUUUUUUUUUUUUCCUUUCUUUCAGUCGCCUAAAAUCUUUUCAGCGCUUCAUCUACCUUUUCUUUUUUUUGAAUAUUCUUUCAUCAUUUAAAAUCUUUUUCAGUGCUAAAUACUACCUUUUCUUUCUUUUUUCAUUCUUUCAGUCAUUUGAAAUCUUUUCAGUGCUAAAUACUUCCUUUUCUUUUUUUGCAUUCUUUCAUGCUAAAUACUACCUUUUCGUUUUUGCAUUCUUUCAGUCAUCUAAAAUCAUUUCAGCGCUAAAUACUACCUUUUCUUUCUUUUUUUUGCAUUCUUUCAGUCAUCUAAAAUCUUUUCAGCGCCAAAUACUACCUUUUCUUUUUUUUGCAUUCUUUCACGCUAAAUACUACCUUUUCCUUUUUUUUACGUUCUUUCAGUCAUCUAAAAUCUUUUCAGCGCUAAAUACUACCUUUUCUUUUUCUUGCGUUCUUUCAGUCAUCGAAAAUCCUUUCAGCGCUAAAUACUACCUUUUCUUUUUCUUGCGUUCUUUCACGCUAAAUACUACCUUUUCUUUUUCUUGCGUUCUUUCAGUCAUCGAAAAUCUUUUCAGCGCUAAAUACUACCUUUUCUUUUUCUUGCGUUCUUUCAGUCAUAUAAAAUCUUCUCAGCGCUAA